UGCAGCCCUUUCGGCUUCAGGUGACUGAGUGUGGGAAGCCUUUGUCAUAGGGUAAAAGUUGCAUACCCCUGGGCUGUAGGCUGCACACUUUGGGUCAAAUAUCAGGUUCUGUAGCUGUGUAUUUCAUCAGAACAAAUCUGUUCUACAAUGAUUAUUUUCCUUAGCUCAGGGUUGUUUUGCCUAUUGAUGACAGCUGUGGGCAUACAAGCACAACAGACACCUUCUAUAAAUGACCUCAACGCUGAAUGCCUUGGUAACGUUAUUCCUUUGAGUGUCGCUCCUCUUUUUGAAGAGGUUGACGCUGUCUUCAAUGACACACAAAUCAUAAACCUGACGCCUGGACUUGCUACUCAGUGUGGAUUCAGCUUUAAAUUUGACCCCAUGGGGAAUGCCAUGUUUUUUGCUUCUCUUCAAAACUGCUUUUCCCAAAACAUGGAUGAUAAGAUGUUCAGCUUGGUCAUGCAGUUCAGGCUGCCAGGAAACCACAUGACUGAAGACCCUGUUUAUAGAGUGGGCAAAACCUGUAGCUACACCCCCUGGACCUCCCGAGAGAUUCUGUGCGACCGCAACUACAUGGAGGUGUCUGUCAGAAGGACUCUUCCAGACAUCCAAACCAUCCCCAAACAGCCCACUGGGGGCCCGAAAGCAAGGAGCGGCAACUUCCGGAGGGGAGCUGAGGCUGUUGCUUCAGGAUACAAAAUGACAGCAGUCAUCUUUAGUCCUAGCAAGAAUGUCAUGAAUGUGGAUGAGGUCCAAAGAAAGGGCUAUGCAAUAGCCAACACUCUCACACGGCUGGUGUUAAGAAGCCCUCAUAAUGCAGAGGAGACAUACCUCCAGAAUGUAGCUGGGGUUCCGAUGCGGGUGCUCUCAACCUCAACCUUCUUAGAGCAGAAGUGGCUGGUUACUCGAGUAGAUGCCAUGGCUGUUUGUCCAACACCAGAGGCAGUGGCCUUUACUCCAGAAGUGAUCACCUGGUACAUGCCCAAGCACAUAGACCCACUUUUCUCCUCUGAUGCCUUCACCAUGUUGGAGGUGUACAUGGGAAUUGACGCUAAGAGGCUGGACACUGAGGAAAUUGCUGCCAGAAACUACUCGGUUUUAGUCACAGAGGCUCAUAUUAUUGUUGAAAUUCCGGUGGGGGCGGUUGGCGGCUACUUCAAGAGCCAUAUUCAGGAUGACCAGUACUUUGUCACUUAAACCAUUGAGCCCAUGCUUGAGUUGCUGUGGAUCGAGGAGGUCGCACACGAGAACACCAGCUAUAAAGUCCUCUUCCCUAUCACAACACCUCCGAUGGCCAGGCCUCCACAAGUUCGCAACUACACGCCCUUAGACACAGUUCCUGAGCAGGCAGUGUUUGUGCUUGAGUUGGGGACCUUCAACCUUGAUGUGGAGCUGCUGAACAUCACCUUUCCCACCAUGGUGCUAACUGUUGCAGAGGGAAAUUGGCAGUGAAAGACCAACUAGCCAUACUUGCCACCCUCAGUCACUGGCAACUGUGAUCAGGAGAACUUCCACAUCACUGUGGACUACAGGAACCAAGAGCCCUUUUUUGUGGUCUUGGUUGGCAAGCGGCUGCUUAACCAUGAGUUUGCUCAACAGUAUUUAACAGAGGGCGACAGACUUCACCAUCACGUUGCCCUUCUCUUCGCCGGACGCAGUGUUUGAGUCGGUUCACUCAUCCUCUGUCAGGAGCAGACUGGAUGUGGCUCUGUUGAAUCCUUACAACAUGACCAUCAAAUACUUUUCCCUGGCUUGCAGCUUCCUCAAAACGCUGACUGAGUGUUUCUCUAACGGAACGAUGACUGCGCUGGCAGUGAAGGUGGAGUCUGCUCCCGGUCUGAACCCCGGUCAGCUGACCCUGAGCGACCCCGCCUGUGGUCCCACCUACAGUGACGAUCGCUUCGCCUACUUCCACUUCACUGUGAACUCCUGUGGCACCACCAGGAAGUUUAUCAACAAUGUCAUGCUGUAUGAGAACGAAAUCUCCUUGCCAGAUGAACUUGAGGUGAAGCUGAAUGCCACGACGUCUUCAGAGGAAUAUCAGUUAAAGGUUUCCUGCUACUAUGUGGCCAACAUCACUCGCACAUUGGCCUUCCUGACCAGGCCGCGUGACAACGAGCCUUUUGCCGAGACUGGGACGGGUCGACUAAUGGUCAGAAUGAGACUCGCUCAGGAUGCCUCGUAUAACACGUUCCACCAGGAGGAGGACUAUCCAGUGGUGAGGUACCUUAGACAGCCUCUGCACUUUGAGGUGGAGCUGACCACGUCCUCUGAUCCCAAGGUAGCGCUGGUGCUUGACCACUGCUGGGCCACCCUCAACGAGGACCGCGACUCCCGACCCCGGUGGAAUCUCAUCAUUAAUGGCUGUGAGAACCCAGAGGAUCCAUACAGUGUUGUCUUCCACCCAGUGGUAGCUGACGCCAGGGUCCACUUCCCCCCUCACGUCAAACGCUUUGAGGCAUAUGUUUUCCUUCGCCGAGGAUGUGGCUGAGCCGAGUGGCCAGGUCUUUGUCCAUUGUGAUGUGGUCAUCUGUGAUGCCAGUAGUCCCACUGGCGGCCCCUGUAGUGGACAAUGUGUGAAUCAGGACAACCUGAAAAGAGGUCAACGACAUGUCAAAGACCUCUUUGAGGAGCGUCAUGUAUAUGUUUCUUCUGGAUACAUUCUUUGGGUGUAAUGUAUUGUUCUAACAUGACAAAUAAAGUGUUCUAUAUAAAACAAUCCUAA